GAGUUUCUACUGGUUUGGUCAAAGCCUCCUAAAUGGGUGGGUAUCGAAUUAUGUUAAAAUUUAUGGCUAUUGCGCGUACAAAAAAAGCCGAAGACAGAACCGGCAACUGCAGUGCCAAUUAUCCCCCAUCUCCAUUUUCUCUCUGCCAUUGAACUCAAUUCGAAGAAUCUUCCAUGAUCUUCGCCUAUUGAUCGAGCUUACUGAACAUGGAUUUGUAGAGAGAGAGAGAGAGAGAGAGAGAGAGAGAGGGAGGGAGAGGGAGAGAAAGAAAGAGAAGCGACUUUGGACAUGGGUUGUUUUCCGUGUUUUGAUUCAAGGGAAGCGGAAACGUUGAAUCCGGAUAAACAGAAAGAUCAUAGAAAAGAAAUCCAUCCGGCUGUCGCCUCCAACAUAUCUAGAUUAUCUUCUGGGGCAGACAGACUGAAAUCGAGAAGCAACGUGGGAACUAGGAGGGGUUCGUCAAGUCCAAAGGAUGUACCUGAUAUUAAUAUUGCUGCACAUACAUUCACUUUCCGUGAACUUGCUGCUGCGACAAAGCAUUUUAGGCCAGAGUCUUUCAUAGGGGAAGGUGGAUUUGGGCGUGUGUACAAGGGGUGGCUUGAAAGUGCAGGCCAAGAGGUUGCUGUCAAACAAUUGGACAGAAAUGGGCUUCAGGGGAACAGGGAAUUUCUUGUGGAGGUUCUUAUGCUCAGCCUUCUGCAUCAUCCUAAUCUUGUGAAUUUGAUUGGUUACUGUGCUGAUGGGGACCAACGGCUUCUUGUCUAUGAAUUCAUGCCCUUAGGAUCUUUGGAAGAUCACCUUCAUGAUCUUCCACCAGAUAAAGAACCAUUAGAUUGGAACACAAGGAUGAAGAUUGCAUCAGGUGCAGCGAAAGGUUUAGAAUAUCUCCAUGACAAAGCAAACCCUCCAGUAAUUUAUAGAGAUUUCAAGUCAUCAAACAUAUUACUGGAUGAAGGAUAUCAUCCAAAGCUUUCAGACUUUGGACUUGCAAAGCUUGGCCCCACUGGAGAUAAGUCGCAUGUUUCCACCAGGGUCAUGGGCACCUAUGGUUAUUGUGCUCCUGAAUAUGCUAUGACUGGACAAUUGACAGUAAAAUCUGAUGUUUAUAGCUUUGGGGUAGUUUUCUUAGAGCUUAUUACUGGACGUAAAGCAAUUGACAGCAGCCGGUCUGCAGGAGAACAGAACCUUGUUUCAUGGUUUAUGCAGGCUCGUCCCUUGUUCAAUGACCGUAGAAAAUUUGGGAAAUUGGCUGAUCCACGGCUGCAGGGUCAGUUUCCAAUGCGAGGUCUCUACCAAGCUCUAGCCGUGGCAUCCAUGUGCAUCCAAGAACAGGCUGCUGCUCGUCCACUAAUCGGAGAUGUGGUAACUGCCCUCUCUUAUUUGGCAAACCAGGCAUAUGAUCCCAAUGCUCGACUCACUGGGGAUGAGAAAAGAACCAGAGAUGAGAGAGCGGGCAGGAUAUUGAGGAAUGACGAGGGGGCAGGAUCUGGACGCAAGUGGGACUUUGAAGGAUCAGAAAGGGACGAUUCUCCAAAAGAAACUGCGAGGAUGUUAAACAGGGACCUGGAUAGGGAGCGAGCUGUUGCAGAGGCCAAACUGUGGGGAGAGAAUUGGCGGGAUAAAAGACGACAAAGUGCUCAAGGAAGUUUUGAUGGCAGUAACGGGUGACGCUGGAAGGUAGAAUGAAUACCCUGCUGCUUCAUUGCGUACCUCAGCUCAUCAGGGAUGGAGUGAAGAAAACAAGGAAACGAGCCAAACCACCAUAAACCCCCUCUCAUCCGAUCCGAGGUUUUCUCAUUCCAUAACUAAAGACUGAGAGCUGAUGCUCUAGAAAUGGACUAUUGGAGUGAAAUGUUUACCUGGUUCUUUUCUUCUUUUUUUCUGGAACACAGAACAAGAAAAGAAAGCGCAAGCAAAGAAUGUAUAUUGAGUGUUGAAUACAAGAGCAGUAGAGCAUGCAUGGUGAUGCAUUUGAAGCUUUUGAGAGUAAAAUCGCCCCGCUUGCUCUGUAAUAUUUCUUCUUCUUCUUCUUCUUCUUCUUCUUCAUGACCACGUUAUUGACCAAAUUGAAUUGAUGCUUUAUGCUGUUAAAGAACGCUGGAUGCUUCAAUAUCCUUUCCUUUCUCA